AUGCAGAACUACAUGCUCUAUAGUUCUGUAGGGCCAGAGGAGCUCCCAACCCUCAAGGAGCUCAGCACUAGUGAAGUCUGCAAAGUCUGGACUGGAGCAUCUCGCUACAUCCACAGACAGCUCUUGCAGAAGAGGGCAGUGGACAUUGGAGUUGGGACAUUUGCACUUGUCCCAGUGCAAGCUGUUGUGGAAGAGGGCAAGGUUUUGACUGUUGAGAGACCUGUGUUCAUUGUAAACAAACAUCUGAGGGCAUUCUACCACCUUGAGUGUGACGAAACCAAAAUUCCUGAUGAGACACCUGUUGUUCAGCUGGACUUUGGGGAGAUUGCUGCAGACACCCACUUCCGCCGAGAAAUUGCGGAGCUGUGUGUACAUGAGACCCUGCUUAUCUUUGCUGAGGCCCUCCGAGACAACAAAGAGGUGGAAUUCACCUUCAAAGGCAUUGGUAUCCUUGCCGUGCGAGGAAAAAUGGUCAGCAUGACCUUCUUUGAUCGCUGCCUGCUGAAGCUGGAUACGACAGAAAACAUGCUGAAAGCUCUUCUUGGGGACUCGAACAUGAUGAAGAUUGUGGCCUUUCCAGGCCAGAAUGAUUUUAAUCGGAUCAGUCGAGAUGAGGUCAUCACCCUGCCAAGUCUUGUAGUGGAGAUCCCGCACCAGCCUUGGGCCCCUGUGAUUUCCCUGAAGCCCAGCAGAGAGUCAGCGCCCUGGGGCGGGGGUACCCGCCGAGUCAGCGUGCUGGAUCCGGUGUUCCUGGCUCGGCGGAGGGUUUCCCAGGCCAGCCAGCAGUCAAUGAAAUCCGAUCAGCCUAAAGACAAGGAGCCUGGCCGAGGACGGUUACUGCAUGUAAUCCAGGAGAAGACUGAUAAGACGCUAAUGCAACCCACAGCUCAAUCUCAGUCGGUGUCAAAGCUCCCUGUAUAUACUCCACGGCCCUCAGCAAUGGGAAUUCACUCCGUCUACACUGAGAGGGAAGAAAGAGAGCUCCAGCUGCUGAUGGCAUCUAGGCGCCAUGAGGUGGAAGCUGAAGUGUGGCGCAGGUACUUUGGCAACCGAAUGAGACAGGACACAGAACAAGGACAGACCUCCUGCCCCUACGUGUUUGAGGAUCCCUAUCGCCCUCCCUACCUCCUGAGAAAGGCCUAUGCCGAGAAGCUGAAGAAGGAGCAAAGCACGGCAAGGCAGAGCACGUUAGAGCAGCAGGAAGAGCUGCAGCUCCCGGGAAAAGUGCUGCAGGACAAGGGGGUGCAGACAGGUCUGUUGGAGCACCGUGGGGAAGGCCCUGGGACUGCCAGCCCUGCCUAGAUGAUGUGAGCAGCCCCGGAGAGCCCCUUGUCACAGCAUCCA